CGCCCCGCCCCCGCCGGAGGCCGCAGGCAGCGACAGGCUCCGACGCGGCCCGGCCUGGCGCUUCAGUCGGGAUCCUGCGCCGGGGGACGGGCUGAGCCAUGUGGGGCCGAUACCUGGCGGCGCGGCGGCUGCUGAGCCUCAGCCGGACUUUGAAUCAAAAGUCAUGGAGGUGGAAGAGUGGGUCUGCAAAUGAAAAAGCACUACAAUACAAGAUAGGAGAACGAAUCCAUGGGUUCACUGUAAACCAGGUAACAGCUGUUCCUGAGCUAUUCCUAACUGCAGUGAAGCUUAGUCAUGAGAACACAGGAGCCAAAUAUUUACAUGUGGCACGUGAGGACUCCAAUAAUUUAUUCAGGUUUUCAUUUUAAUAUUAAUAUUUAUAAA